AUUGGCAGGUCGUUUAGUUGUCUGAAAAUCGGCACCGCGAACGGAUCGAAAUGGAGGCUCAGAAAUAUUUGUUCCCGAUUUUGAUGUUCCUCUGCUGCUGUGGAAUUCCACUGGAGGUCAGAGCGAUUCGGAUGAGAAUGCCCGUUUUGCCGGAGGCACUCAACUGCCGGAAUGAAAGUAUUAGUUUCCACUUAAACCUAACGCGACUCUCCGGUUACUGGUACGAGGCUGCUAGAGUACCCAAUGUCCAGGUACUGCAAUGCCUGAAUGUCUCUGUGCCCGCUGAGGUCGAGAAGGACAGCCUCUCGUUGGACUUGAACUUCAUCAGCACCGUCAACAAUGGGUGGCAGUUCACCGAGGAGUCCGUUGAGUUCCCCUGGGACAACUAUACGCAAGGCGGCAUCUUCAAACUCGAUUACGAUACGGUCACUGUGACCUACAAACUAAUGUUCACGGACUACGAGAACAUCGCCUUUGUCUGCGGAUUCGGAAGCAUUUCGCCAGUUCCACUGUUCAAGCUCUUCACCCGGCAACGUGAGGUCAGCCAGGAUACGAUCGACAAGGCGGAGAGCCUUGCUGAGACGUACGGCAUGGGCAACCAGAUCGCGUGGGAGAUGCAAUCGCCGGGCGAAUGCAAUGGAUCCGGUGGUCUAGCUCCUAUGGCUAUUCUAAUGACCACCAUUGCAGUGUUCUGGGGUUUUAGCCUGCGAAGUCCAUUUUUAGCUUAGACUUUACUAUUUACAUAGUGAAUAUUUAACUUUUCGCUACUACUAUCAGUACCAACUCUUAUCAAUCUUUUUUGUUUUCAA